GUAUAUCACAAUUCCAUAGAGAUAUGCGGUGUGCAGGUAAGGAUUUCUGGCCUGAGCUUCUGGGAGCCAAGGCAAGAGAGGCAAGAAGCAAAAUUGAGAGCGAGAAUGAUUUAGUCAAGGUUGUCAUCGUGAAAGAAGGAACAUUUGUCACUCAUGACUACCGGUGUGAUAGAGUUCGAGUUUGGGUCGAUAAACACGGCACCGUCACCAGGGUCCCUACACUAUCUUAGUUGCUUCCUUUGCUGCGAGACCAAGUGAAGGGGUAUAUAUACAUGGCUUACCUGAGAGUGGCUAGCUGAGGCACAUCUCCCUCGUUGGAGAUUUUUAACGUACAAUCAGAUAUAAUCGCCACAUCGAGUGCAAGUGAUACUUCGUUUGCUUUCGCUCCGAGUUUUGUUCCUAUAGGUUUCGAAUGGAAAAGGUUUUGAUGAAUGAUGAGGGCUCCUUGAUCUGAUCAAAUGGAGUUGUCUAAUUAUACAAUUAUUGGCAAGUGGAAAAUUACAGUAGCAAAUUACCAAUGUCUUUUAAACAAUACCUAUAUAUCAUCUAGUACAAUCAGAUUUGUUGAUAAGCUUCAAUAAAACUGAUCGACUUUUCUGUUAUUCCUUAUUGACAGGAUAUAUAUUGUUCUCCAUUUUUUCAUACCACGAACCUCCUAGCUAUUCUUCAUUUUGCUUCUACGUGGUUAUGAGUCAUGACAAAAGAUUACCUAAUCUCCAAAAGUAAACAGCCCCUACGCGCACGUCUUAUCAUCAUAAGAUCCGAAUAGUCAAUAAUAACCAACCACAACUUGAUCAACGAUCCACUAUAAGUAUGAAGCUCUCGUUUCCUCAUUUCCAAGGAUCCAACCCACAGCAAACAUAUUACAAGAGAUUCAUCACAGAGAGUAAAACUCAGGAUUUAAAGAACGCAAAGAUGGCCGGACAAUGCGUAGGUAAGGAAGAUUGGCCUGAACUGUUGGGAGCUGAAGGGACAGUUGCAAAGGAAACAAUUGAGAGGGAAAACUCUACAGUUAAGGCAGAGAUCGUGCUCGAAGGAACAAUUGUCCCUGCAGAUUUAGUGAGAGUGUGUGAUAGGGUUCGUGUUUGGGUUGAUACAUGUGGCAUUGUUACCAGGGUGCCUACCAUUGGUUAAUUCAUCCAUCGUCGUCACUUUCAAAUAUGUGAAGAAAAUCAUAUGAUAUAAUACUGAAAUAAUGAAUUGUAUUUCCGUGCAGUACGUAGUUCGUUUUCCUCUCAGUAUAUUCUCAAUUAAUCUAUAUAAAUAAAGAACACUCUUGCCUUUUCUUCUCUCCUGUAUAUUCUAUUUUCUGAUAAACUACAGAUCAACAGAUGUGAUUAAUU